AUGGCGGCUAGGGACCGCUUCGGCGCCUAUGCUGAACCGGGGCUAACACCGCUUCAGCGGGCAAUCCGAAAUGCAUGUGACCCACAGAACUACGAACCCAACCUGGCUCUCAACCUCGAAGUCGCCGAUUUGAUCAACACCAAGAAGGGCACUGCCCCUCGCGAAGCAGCCAUCGAGAUUGUGCAUCUGAUCAAUGCCCGCAAUCAGAAUAUUGCUUUGUUGGCUUUGGGCCUCCUCGACAUAUGCGUGAAGAACUGCGGCUACCCAUUCCACCUUCAAAUCAGCACAAAAGAGUUCCUGAAUGAAUUGGUGCGGCGGUUCCCCGAGCGGCCGCCUGUGCGGCCCUCGCGGGUGCAACACCGCAUCCUGGAGUCGAUUGAGGAAUGGCGACAGACGAUCUGCCAAACAUCGCGAUACAAGGAGGACCUGGGCCAUAUCAGGGAUAUGCAUCGACUAUUGCUCUAUAAGGGUUAUGCGUUCCCCGAAGUCCGUCGCGAAGAUGCCGCGGUGCUGAACCCGAGUGACAACCUGCGCUCGGCGGAAGAGAUGGAAGAAGAAGAGAAAGAGGCGCAGUCCGCCAAGCUCCAGGAGCUUAUUCGAAGGGGCACACCGACUGAUUUGCAAGAAGCAAAUCGGUUGAUGAAGGUUAUGGCCGGAUAUGAUAAUCGCCAUAAAACCGAUUACCGGGCGAAGGCCGCGGAAGAAGUUUCCAAGGUGCAACAGAAGGCCAAAAUUCUUGAGGAGAUGCUUCAAAAUCAACAGCCCGGCCAAGGGAUUCCAGAGGGGGACGUCUUUGAGGAACUCGCAUCUGCUCUACAAAGUGCUCACCCCAAGAUCCAGAAAAUGUGUGAAGAGGAGUCUGAUGACCCCGAGGCUGUUCACAAGCUGCUCGAGAUCAAUGACAGCAUACAUCGAACUAUUGAAAGGUACAAGCUGGUCAAGAAGGGUGAUCUGGAUGCGGCUUCCAAGAUUCCCAAGGGAACCUUGGGCACGACGACUGGAGUUUCAAAGAACGCCAACAACGAGCUGUCUUUGAUCGACUUUGACCCAGAGGAGCCUAGCUCCAACGGCAAUGGCGACGCAUCCGGGCCAUCCCAGGGUGGUAGCGCUCUCGAGAACGACCUCAUAGGGCUGUCCCUCGACGAUGGGCCUGUGCAGUCCGGCGGUAUCUCCCUGGGUUCCUCAAACAGUAUGUAUAUCCCACCCACCAUGGUCGUGGAUGAUGUUCCCCUAACAAGCAUGCCAGUGGGGUUUCCUACUAUAGCACCCGGCCCAUCUCCGCCCACAUCAUCACCGCCGCCUCAACAAGCACCCGCCGGGUUCAAGCCCAACUAUGAUCUUCUCGCAUCUCUAAGCUCGCCUCGGUCUGCAUCACAGUCAUCUACUCCAGCGCCCGGGCAUUCUCCUCAGGUUCGGUCAACGGCGACACCCCCUCAAGCAUCUGACCCCUUUGCCUCCCUCGUGUCUGCCAGUCCACGACCUGCGGGUAGCGCUUUCCAACCACCCGCUGCCCCAGCGCAGCCAGCAUCCGCGUCUUUGCUUGAUCUUGCCGGAGGUUCUAGUGCACCACCGCAGUCCGUGGGCAAUGCUGCCCCGGAGGAAGAUGAGUGGAACUUUGCGUCCUCUUUGCCCCCAAGUAGCGCGCUCCCUGCGCAGAACGAAAUCCAGGUCCUCAAGUCACAGCUGCGGGUUGACUUCCAGGCCCGUCGAGUGCCCACCUCGCCGCGUCAAAUCCACAUCAAGGCUGUCUUCUCCAACAACACGAGCCAGCCCAUUGGAGGGCUCCACUUCCAAGUCGCGGUGGAGAAGUCAUAUACCCUUCAACUUCGGCCGCAAUCAGGCCGAGACAUUGCUCCACACCAACAACAUGGGGUGCAGCAGGAGAUGCUUCUGGACGGAGUUGACCCGGGCAAAGGCGACUCGGUCAAAAUUCGGUUCAAGGUUUCGUACAAGGUUGGCACCGAGGCUCGCGAGGAGCAGGGCAUGUGGUUUCACCCUAAAUCGAGCAUUGCCAACCCCAAGCAUCUUGCAUGUCUUUACCCCCCCAACUGCCCUAUGAACUUCCUCGGCGCAUGUCCGUCGGCCCCGUCUUCAGUGAAACGGGCCAUGAUCGUCCUGAUCGUAGUAAUCACCUCUGCUCCUCAAAAUUCGUCUUCAGCCCAUCUACCCGUGGUCUCUGGUUCGACUGCAAACUCAAUAUUAGGACAACGUAAAUCAUCCGCCCUCUUGCCAACCCCAGUAGUCCAACUUGCCGAUCAUCCAACGUCCUCGGGAUUCGCCGCUCUACCGGGAUUCAGUUUCAUGUUGAUGGACCUGGCGAUCCCGACCGUCCGCAUCUACAUGGUGAUUGGUGAUGGACCAGGAAGCGUCAGCCUCCACUUGUGUGAACGUCGCACUAGGCACCGGGGUAGUCUAACAGGGCGCUUUACGGUGGUUCUAUUUCAAUGGCAUGAUCGAAAGGUGUACCUCGUUGUAUCUAAACGCCGUGGCGAGUGCCUUCACUGGGCGGUUCCGGCCGGAGUUGAUAAGAGCCAAGGCGCGCCUAGACUCGCUGGUGGCGAAAGGGAACGAAUCCGCUGGACUGUCUGGGGCAUAUCUGGGAGAACGGUGGUUUCUGCAGCCCCCUUUGCUCGGGUCCAGUCGCUCGGUCCCUUUGGUAACAAAGCGAUUGCCCGUUUUCCUCGAAGGCCAGAAUUAGUCUCGGCUACGCCCAUCAAAUUUCCUACGAACAAAUCGUGGGAUCUGCCGAUCGACCAUGCUCUGCGAAUCAGGAAUGAAGAAGUAGUUCUGGCCGUUGGGAGCGGAUCUGCAACAGGGCACUGUCGCAUCGCGGGGGAGCAGCUCCCCACUUUCUACGUUGGCCGGUCUAGGCCAGCUUCGAUCGUGGACUGGGGCAGACCACCACCGACACGAAGUGACCAGAAGUGGGCGAACGCUCAACGGUGGAGCGCGCUGGACAACGGCAUCUCACUGCAUGAUCCCUCGGAGAAAAAGCAGGGAAGGACGAAUCAAGCCCAGCAGCAGAGGAGCAGAGCAGCCCGCUACCACUGGGCCAAGCGGCCCCUCGUAUUGGAGGAGAGCAAAUGUGGCGCUCAGUCGAACGGACUCGCCGUGGUGGUUAUCGGUCCCCAGAGGAUCCAUGGUCCGGCGCUGGACGAGACUUUUUUCCUCGGCGUCCAAACCUACGAUCGUCUCGGAUCCAUGGAUUCGCUCUUCAAGCUUGCGAGGGGCCACUUUCACAUGUACACAAUGGUCUCUUCCGAUCUAGAUCAGGACAUUGCCCCCAUCCCCCGCUCGCGGGAGGAGAACCAGGAGCGCGCUUUCAUUGCCGCCUCCCGGCGGAAAGAUCGCAGUCUGGAUGCCCGGCUGGAAUCAGCCAACCGGGCCUCCAUGUUGCACAAGAAGCGUACUGGCAAAGCAUUCCACAUCACCAAGGAAAUCGUCGAGAAAGAAGCCAUGUACGAAGAGAUCGACGAGCGUUACCAAGAGAAGCGCAUUCGCAUGUUGCAAGCACAGAACAUGCAGAUUGAAGAGCAGUUCCAUCGCCAGUUACUCGCAGCCUUUGCCGCCCGUGCAAACAGCUCGAGCGCUGCCACUAUUGCCCACCGUCGCUCCAGCGUGACCCCCCGGCCCUCGAUCGACCGGGGCGCUGCACGCAAGAUGAGUCUUGACUUGUCCAACCUGCGCUCUCCCUUCGCACAGGGUGCGGACUCCAGCGCCCUGGCCAGCCCCAUGACCGCCAGCGAUGGCUACAUGCUUUCGCCCACCACCACUUUCGACCCGAAUGCCCAGUCGUACAUGAACUGCAUGGACGGCUCUGACUCCUCCCCGUACUCAAACUUGGGCACUACGGCGGCCCCCUCCACCCAGGUGCCCGCCUACGUGGCGCAGAACCCCGCAACGCAGACCUGGCCACCCCAGAUGGGUAGCACCCCAUCAUGGGCCCUGCAGCAGCAGCAGCAGCAACAGCAGCGAAUGCAGCCCAUGCCGACGCCCAUGCAGACUCCCAGCGAAAGCACCUCAGUCCACAUGUGGCAGCAGCAAAUGAUGCAGCAAGCCCAAAUCCCCGCCGACAGAGCCGCGAACAUCCAAAUGCGCCAGUUCCGCGACCGUCUGGCCUCAGCCCCCGAGCUGCCAGUGCACCAGAUCCCGACCCCCACUCCCUCGGCCCCGGCGCCUCCUGCGCCCGUGGCCUCCAUCUCUGGCCCCAGCGGCCACUCGCGGGGCCGUUCUCAGCCCAGCAACAACUUUCACAGCUUGCAUCUGCUCACCCAGGGCACGCACCUCGCUGCGCAGGUGGGGUCCCGUUCUCACAACGGAUCCCCGAAGGUCGACGCGCUGUCUGCGGAGACGCAUUCGACGCCGGACUUCUGCCCUACGCCUAGUACGCCGCUCUCGCCUGCGGAUGCUGGUCCUGCGCAGGAGUUUACCAAUGUCACUUCGAAGCAGCAGCAUGAUAACGGGUUCAUGGUUCCUCAUGAGCAGCUGGAUCCGGACUUUAACGAGUUCAGCCAGUUUGCUCUGGGAUUGGGUAACUCUACUCUACAGGAUGGGGAGCCAUUUGGGUUUGACGAUUUUGUGACCCUUGACGACUUUACCAGUGUUUCCUGCUGA